AUGGUUUGUUUUGGGGUACAAACGGUAUCAGUCAAGGUGAAGAAUGGAACUAUAUUUGGAUCCUUUUGUUCUUGUCCAUUUACCAGUGUAGUGGCCUAUCUCGGUAUUCCAUUUGCUCAACCUCCAGUUGGAUCUCUUCGAUGGAAUGCUCCAGUUUCAUACAAUUCAAUGUAUCCAAAUGGUAGCAUUAACGCUACAACAUUCUCACCUGGUUGCAAUCAAUUCGGUUCAUUUACCAAUCAAGCUCCCACUUACUCUGAGGACUGUUUGUAUCUUAAUGUGUGGGCUCCAGCCAAGGCUACUGAUAAAUCUUUACUUCCAGUGAAAGUUUGGAUUUAUGGUGGAGGUGGUUAUGUAGGUUCGACCUCCGAUCCCUUAUAUAAUGGAUGUGGAAUAGCUACAAAUGCGGUUGUCGUUUCAAUGAAUUAUCGACUCGGUCCUCUUGGCUGGCUCACUUUGGGACCUCCGGCAAGCUUUACAGGCAACUAUGGUAUCCUCGAUGUUCUCAUGGCAUUACAAUGGGUUCAAGAAAAUAUCGCCUCAUUCGGCGGCAAUAAUGUAUGGACAAUUUCAUUAAAUAUUAACUAG